AUGUACGGCGGCGACGAGGUCUCAGCGAUCGUCAUCGACGUGGGCUCCUACAGCUGCAAGGCGGGCUACGCUGGCGACGACACCCCCAAAUGCGUCUUCCCCUCGGUUGUUGGUUCAACUGAACAAACGGGAGAUACUGAUGAAGCUAAGCCAGAAAAGGAGGCCGACUCUGGAUCAGAUCCUAAGAAUGGAUCCAAGCCUAUGGAUGUGGACAAAGCCAAGACAAAGCGCAAAUAUUAUGUAGGCCAAGAAUUAGAAUUCAGGAGGGAUCAUAUGGAGGUGAUCUCACCGCUGAAAGAUGGAACAGUUACUGAUUGGGAAGUUGUUGACAACAUAUGGAACCAUGCUUUUAGACAGCGGCUAUUGAUCAAUCCUGAAGAGCAUCCUAUGCUGAUAGCAGAACCAUCUACAAACAGUGGACAGCAAAGAGAGAAAGCAGCCGAACUUAUGUUUGAGAAGUACAAAGUGCCAGCGCUGUUCCUAGCAAAAAAUGCAGUUCUCACAUCUUUUGCAUCUGGACGUGCUACAUCUCUGGUGGUUGACUGUGGUGGCGGGUCUACUGUGGUUUCUGCUGUGCAUGAUGGUUAUGUGUUGCAAAAGUCUGUAGCAACUUCUCCAAUUGGUGGUGAAUUUUUAACUGACUGUAUGAUGAAAAGCUUGGAGAGCAAGGGCGUUGUUAUUAGGCCCAAGUAUUCAUUUAAGAAGAAGGAAGUGAGCCCUGGAGAUUAUAAGGUGGUUGUAGAUCUUGAUUUUCCAAACACGACGGAUAGUUACAGGUUAUACUGCAUGAGAGCCAUCACUAGCGACAUCAAAGAGUCAGUUUGCAGAGUUCCAGAUACCCCCUUUGAUGAAGUGGCAUAUGCAAAUGUCCCUACAACUUCAUAUGAGCUUCCAGAUGGGCAAACUAUUGAAGUUGGUGCAGAUAGAUUCAAGAUUCCUGACAUUUUGUUCAACCCAUAUCUUUCUCAGACUAUUCCUGGCAUCGAUGGAUUUGGAGAUUCCACUUCAAUCGGACUCCCACGAAUGGUCCUUGACAGUGUAAAUAGGUGUGAUGUUGACAUUCGCAAGGAAUUACUCAGCAACAUCUUGCUUUCUGGUGGCUCGUCAUCAAUUCUGCAGAUAAAAGAGCGCCUAGAAAAAGAAGUACUGGAGGAGUCCCCUCAAAAUGCUCGCGUAAAGGUUUUGGCAAGUGGAAGUUCAAUGGAGAGGCGUUUCAGUGUUUGGAUUGGAGGGAGCAUUCUUGCAUCUCUCGGGUCGUUCCAGCAAAUGUGGUUCUCCAAAGCAGAGUACGAGGAGCAUGGCGUUUCCUAUAUCCAGAGGAAAUGCCCAUGA